ACAAUUUUCAUGCAUGUUCAACUUGGGAAUAUUACAAAUUCCCUUUUCUUGAUUUCCAUAUUGUUCUGUUUUUUAUUUUUUGGUGUGUAAAUAAGAAGUUUGUCUCUUGUUAUAGACUUUAUUCUUGUCUUCCAAGUGAGGAAAACAGAAAGAAAGAGAAAAGCACCAAUUCUUGAAAGUGUUUCCUUAUUCUAUUUGCUUUCUAUCUUUAACAAGAAAAUUUCAGCAUCAUAUCUCACUUGUUUUGUUUUUCUCAAUUCUUGAUCAUUUGUUUCUCUGAAUUGUAAUGAUUUCCCCUACUACUUUCCCUUAUACCAAAAAAACAAAGAAAUGGACAGAAUCAACUCAAAGCUCUACUUGCAAAACUGCUACAUAAUGGCUGAAAAUGAAAGGCUAAGGAAAAAAGCUGAGGUAUUGAAUCAAGAAAAUCAACAACUUUUGAAUGAACUCAAACAUAGGCUUUCACAAGCUGGUCCUAGCAACAACAACGACAAUGGAAUUCCUGAUCUCAAUCUCACUAAUUGCUCUUCAUCCAAGAAUGCUUCAUCAAAAUCCAAGAAGAAGUGAAGAAAAACAAAUUUGCCUUUGAAAAAAAAAAUCAAGAACGGGUCCUACCUAGUCAUUGAAAUAGUAUUAUGGUUUUUCUUUAUUUAUUUUAUUUUGGGGGUGUUACAUAUUAUUAGUAGUACAAUAGUAAGGUCAAAUAGUUGGAAGUUAUGGUUGUUUGUGGGGGGGUUGGUAUUUUGCAGGUUUAGUUAAAUGGUAGGGGAAUAGGUAGGAGGAAGGAAUAUAUGUUUUUCUUGUUUUAUUUUUGGUUCCUUUUUUGUAUGGGUUAGUUCUAUUUUGGAGCUGAAAAGUUGUAAUCAAAUCUGUUUAGCUACAAAAAAUAUAAUAGUAUAUGGUUCCUUUA